AUGAUGGAUCUUACCACUAGCUUUGAAGAUAUGGCCAUUAGCCUUUUCAUAGGUUAUAAAGCAUUAUUGAUAAGUGAGACUCCGGUAGCAUGUAUACUAAAGGACAAGAAACUGAAUAAGAUCAUAAGCAUUGGCUAUAAUUAUACAAAUUCAUCAUUAAAUGGUACACAACAUGCUGAAUUCAUUGCCGUAAAACGGUUGUAUGAACAUUCAAAAGAUAUAGAUUUCCUGAAUAUCAUUAUGUAUGUCACUGUUGAACCAUGCAUUAUGUGUGCUUCUUUCUUAAGACAGCUUGGUAUUGGUGAAGUGAUAUAUGGGUGUAGUAAUGAUAGAUUUGGAGGAAAUGGAACUGUUCUUUCUGUUCACAAGGAUACAUUCUUAGUUGAUAAACCUUAUAAGAGUAUAGGAGGUAUUGCUAGAACAGAGGCAAUUCAGUUACUAAGGAACUUCUAUAUACAAGAAAAUGAAUCAGCACCUGUUCCAAAGAUCAAGAAGAAUAAAGAUAUCGAAAAUAAGCUAUACCCACCAAACCUUUUCAAUUUGACCAAAGAAGAGUUUGUGGACUUUUAUGGUGAACAACGACUAGAUAUAUUAGAAAACAAAGAACAAGAAAUCACCCCCAUCCCACAUAAAGCUUAUAGACUAAAGGAUUUAAUCUCUUUGAAAAAUCUUCAAGAAGUUCCAUUCUUAGAAGAUGAAUUGGGAUUGAUAGACGAGGAGCAACUCAAUGAGUUUUAUGAUUUAUUUUAUGAUAUAAAUGAUGAUUCAACCAUAGACUUUACUAAAGCCAUUCGAAAAUUCAAUAAUAAGAAAAGACAUCUAACUCCAGAGUAA